AUCUGUGAGCCGAUUGUCUAGAAAACAUGGAGGGUCGACGUCUCGAAAAGCUAUGGGCUCUUACGGCCGGUUACAGGGACAGCUUUUACCUUCUAAUAAUAGUUUCUUUGCUGGUGUAGCAUUUUAACAUACACUUUCGUUACUGUUACGUAACUUUCGGAGAUAGGUAGAAUGCCUGUGCAUGGAACUAAACUCAAAAUGUAUGAAGAUUUUACAGUGCAUGUUUUGGGAAAAGCCAGACUUUCGUCCUACCCUCGUUACAAUCCCAAUAUUACGUACACAUCACAACGCUCGGUAUAACAAAUUAAACUUCACAUAACCUGUAAAGAAAUACAAUGGAAUUAACAUGACAGUGUCAAAUCCAAGAGAAUUAUGUACAGGAACAAGCAAAUACAGUGCAGUUGGUAAAUUAGCACACAAUCAGAAGCCUGACUGGAAUAAGGCUGUGUCAGAAGCUGAGAAAAUAGUCGGCUACCCAACUUCAUUUUUGAGCUUACGUUGGCUCUUGAGUGAUGAAAUUGCAAAUGUGGCUCUCCAUUUGCGUAAACUAGUUGGUUCAAAUCACCCGUUAUUGAAAACUGCAAAGAGCUUGUUAUAUAAUGGCCGCAACAACAUGCAAGCAUGGGGACUUAUUGUAUUGCUUAUUUCAAAAGCAGCAGGACAUCUUAAUGUGGAAGAAAUGGAGGAGGACAAAGCAGCUGGAGUUUUGCAUAGUCAACGAGCACUUGCUGAAGUUACAGAAAUGAUUCGAACCAGUCAUUUGGUCCAUAAAGGAAUGGUGAACAUCUGUCAUGGUCUAUACCCUGAACCAGCUGUGCUCAAUGAUAUGACAUUUGGAAAUAAAAUUGCGUUGCUGAGUGGUGACUACCUCUUGGCCAAUUCCUGCAUGGAGCUUGCAGCAUUGCGAAACCAAGAUUUAGUUGAACUUAUGAGUAGUGCUGUUCGUGAUUUAGCUGAGGGAGAGUUUGUUGGUCGCCGAGAUCAGCAAAAUAAUCCUCUGCCAUCCCCACAAGGAGUGUCUGAUGCCACUGAAGACUGGACACUUCGUAAUGUUCUUUCAGCAGGAAGCCUUCUUGGCAAGUCAUGUCAGGGGACACUUAAACUUGCUGGCCAUGGGACAGAGUUACAAGAACAGGGCUAUAAAUUUGGGAAGCAUCUAGCUCUGGCUUGGCAGGCAUGUCUUGACUUAGAACCAUUCAUUGCUGGUUCACAAUAUGCGUCUGGUUCAAUGUUCAACCUCACAUCGGCUCCAGUUCUGUUUCAUUUGGAGCAUGAUCCAAGUUUAUUCACCGAGAUUGAUAAGGGAGUUGAGUCUGUGCAGAACGUGGACUAUGACAAGGUGCAUAGUAUAGUGUCGAAAGGUCCUGGUAUUUCCCAGACUAAACAACUUCAGAAGGAGCACUCACAAAAGGCAAUGGAAGUUCUUCAAGUGUUCCGGGAGAGUGAUGCUAGAACAGCAUUAUCCAAUAUCAUUGUGGCAAUGGGAGAUUUGUAAAAAGAGAUAUAAUUUUAAAUUUAUUAUCUCUUGUUGAUAUUAAAGAAUACAGUUUUUGGGCUGAUGUUAUAACUGCUCUUCUUUUGGGUGAGGUGGUAAUUGGUAGUUGAUGAUGUAGCCCAUGUGUUUAUGGUCACCAUCUGUGGCCGAACCAUAGUUUGUCAGUGACUGAGGACAUCACUGAUUACUUGUUAGGGGCAGCACUUCAUGACAGAAUUCAAUGGACUGUCACUCACUGCUUACCUUGUGACACUUUCACCUGCACUGGGGACACCUUUGUUAUUAUGCUUCACCACUUCCCUGUCAGAGUCACUGUAACCUUGUAUAUAAGGGACAGAAAGGUUGGAGGUUGGGCACCACUAUGAGUGUGAGGGGUGAGCCAUAAAACCGACCCUAGCACUGCACCACUAAGUUAGGAUAGUAACUAAGAAUGAUUUGGCCUACAGGUGAAAGUUCGAAUUGGAUUGCUGACUACUCAAUUUGGUAAAGAUGGACUCAGUUGCAGGAUCUUCUCAGGCCUUGCUUAAACAUGAGAAGAGAAUAUUUAGUUCUGCAGAAUAAGACAGCUUGUAGAUGAUGUUACUAUUACCAACCUUUAUUACACACUUUUGUCACAGUAGCAUAGGUUGAUCUGGGUAACAUCCAUCUGUAUUUACUGUAAUAUCAUCUCACUGUUGCAACACAACAAUUUUGCUGAGCUGUAGAGUUUUAGCAGUACUAUAUUCUGACUUACUAAUUUCCAGUCUAAGAUAAUUACAAUAGGUGCACGUAGCUGCAUUUAGACAGUCUGAUAAUCAGAAAGAGAGCAUUGUAAUGCAAGGAGUGAUGCAUAUUUUGUGUCUGUAAAACAUGAGUGCAUGCCAUGGAGUAAUUUAGGAAUAUCCUCCUCACAAGAAGCAAUAUGCUUCUCUCAGUAAAUUUUGAACAUAAUUAACUCCCACUACUUAAAUCAUUGGUCCAGUUUAAACUUAACAGAUUAACAGAUCUUAUUUUUCACCAAUGAAAUUUAAUUACCGAAUAGUUACCGUGCCAUAAGCUUGUACUGAGCUCUAACUGUCCUAGCUGCUUGAUCAGCUUGGCAUGGACAACUUUAAGGCCAACAGCUUACUUCUACUGGAUUAAUCUCAGAUUACAAAUGGCUAGUAGCCAUGUUGAACUGCUAUUUUCUAAGAAUUAAUACAGUAAAUUAUAUCAUGUAUUACAAUAUAAAUAUAUAUGCAUUAUAUUCUUUACUUCUUA